GGCACAGUGGUUCAGCAUCCUAGUGAUCAAUGAACCUCAUCCUAGGGGUCACAGACCUGCAUGUGGUAGUACGUGCCACUGAAUAUAACGUUCCAGAGAUCAGAGAGCUGCUGGAGCCAAGCCCAAAACAGAAUCAGAUCAUCAUGCUAAUGGAAACAUUUAUCUCAGCCCCAGGAGGCUGCCGCUCAGGACCCUGCUACUACUACUAACUACUGUGAGGCAAAAGGAGACUGCUUGAUGGGAGGUAUAUAAGCCCCAGGAUGAUCAGAGCCUUAUUCCCUGUGGACUAAGGAGAGGGGACUACAGGUUAAUUAGAGCACCUGGAGCCAAUUAAGGCCCCACCAGAGACCUAAGACCUACUUCAGUCAGCCAGGAGAAGGGAAGGAGAGCUGACUGUAGUUUGGAUGUGACUGGUGUUGACCAGAGGUUCAGAGUACCGGGGCAGGGAGAUCCUGCCCAAGCAAGGCAGACGGACUUCCCCAGCACAGAGGACUGAGAGAAACCCUGCCCAAGGGGAAAGAGGUAAGAAGCCUGCGAAGCUGAAGGGGCUGGGACCGGAGUAGGAGGUGGACCUGGGUCCCUUCACUGCUCCCCUUUUCUCCUCCUCCAGGGCACUAGCGGAGCUCAAGAAUAGGGGCAGGGGCAGCACCCUGACCCACCACACCAAGGAAAAGCAUGGGACCCACCACAAUAGCAUUGGCCCUUUGCCAAACUACUCUAUUGCCCAAUAUCAAAUGAAGCAAAAUUAAUCAGUCUCUGUUGUGCCAUUGGGUCCAUACCCCUCCAUCCUACAGCUUCUGUGAUGCCACCAGAUCCAUAUACCCAUCUGGUGCCAUUGAAUCUGCAACACCAAAUUCCAGGUUCUGUGGUGUGGUAGGAUCUGAGCCCUCUCCCCAAGAGGAUCUGAGACCUCUGCAGGGUCUGGGAAUGCUGACAGUCAGUGUUUAAAUGACAAAACAGGCGGUAAAGGAAAUGCAGGCUGUUAAUCAGGAACCCCUGAUGGAGUCCACAGUUUGAGUGUAACUAACACCAGCUCAUCAUAGUUUCAGGAGACAGAGUUCAUUCCAUUCCAGGACUAUUAAUAUAGCCAACUAUUUAUACUGCUGUGUUCCUACAGCACUAAAGCAGAGAGCUACAGCUGCAGAGCUAAAACGGAAUAAAAUGUCAACCACCAAGGAGAAAGUGAUCAUGCUAGAGACUGAAAGAAGAGACCGUGAAAAGACAGAAUAAGAGACAAUCUUCACAGAUCCUGCCUGGUACUGCCGGGUUAACUGAUCUUCAUAGCUCUCUGAUACCUGCAGCCUGAAAACAGAACCAGUCAAUAAUCUUACUACAGAAAAUGAAGCUAUUCUGAGAGGUUGCCAGAAAUGCACGCUCAGCGAAGAUUCUGAUAGAGGGAUAGAGAAUUGAGCUAACCCGAAAGGAAGCUUUGCGGUCUCCAACUGCCUUGUUACCUGCUCUGAUCAGAGUAUGGAGAGCUCAGGAGGGCCGUACCUGAACACAGCAGCAGUGGCAUCCCCGGUGGGAGUAGCCCGUUUGCUGCAGGUGGCGUUUGGAUGUACUACUUUCAGCCUGGUGGCCCAUCAGGGGGGAUUCAGUGCAGCCUAUGGCACCUUCUGCAUGUUCGUCUGGUGUUUCUGUUUUGCUGUCACCAUCUUUAUAAUAACCUGUGAGUUCACUCGUCUCCACAGCUGCCUGAGCAUCUCCUGGGGAAAUUUCACAGCUGCCUUUGCCAUGCUGGCCACACUCAUGUCCAUCACUGCGGCUGUGAUCUACCCGCUCUAUUUUGCCCAGUUUGGCUGUUAUUCCAUCAGUUGCAAGGUGAGAGAUUUCCGCAUAGCAGCCAGUGUCUUUGCAGGGCUCCUGUUCAUUGCGUAUGCUGUGGAGGUGUUUCUAACCAGAGCCAAGCCAGGACAGGUGACCAGCUACAUGGCCACAGUAUCUGGCCUCUUGAAAAUUGUCCAGGCCUUCGUGGCCUGCAUCAUCUUUGGGGCACUGGUAAAUGACAGUCAGUACAGCAAUUAUGUGGCUACACAAUGGUGUGUGGCUGUCUAUAGCUUCUGCUUUGUGGUGACAGUGGUGGUAGUGGCCUUCAAUGUCACAGGAAGGACAGCAAUGCUGCGGUGCCCCUUUGAGCGCUUCGUGGUCAUUUACACAUUCGUGGCCAUCCUCAUGUAUGUGAGUGCAGCAGUGAUCUGGCCAGUGUUCUGCUUUGAUAGUAAGUAUGGGUCCCCAUGGCGCCCCUACCAGUGCUCCCAGGGCAAAUGCCCCUGGGACAGCCAACUGGUGAUUGCUAUAUUUACUUAUGUGAACCUGGUGCUUUACAUUGUGGACUUGGCAUACUCUCAACGCAUCCGCUUUGUCUCACACCCUUAAAUUCCCAAUGCUGCCCCUGCAAAGCCAUCAGGGCUCAAGCAACAACAGAGUUGGGAAUCAGUUGGAGACAGGGGUCAUAGAAAGUAGCUGCUGAGCCAGACACACCAAUAAAUUAAACAAACUUCAAGGUUAAGACUAGACCAGUAAAUGAACGAUCUGUAAUGGGUGGGCAGCAGAUGAGUCGGGAAAGAAGACCACAACCUUUCUUACCCAUCAACAUUUGCUUCAUCCCUUCUGUAUAGGGGAAAGGAAUAGCAUAGCAAACUGGAUAGUAUCCUUGCAUCUCCACCAAACAUGAGCAUCUGCUGCAAGAGUGGCUACGUAUGCCACUGGAUUAUCAGGCCAAAUAUUAAACUGGGAUCAGUGAGGUCUUGGGACUGCCACCAACACUGAACUCUAACCAAGAAGUGACUGUAUCCAGGGCAGACUGAGGAGUUCAGAGACCGCACCAGCUCUAGAACAGAAUGAGGAUCCUUCAAAAUCCCAGACAUUUGAUGUUAUUUCUGUUAUGGCGAGAAAUUCAUUGCUUGUAAAUAUGGGAGGUUCUAGCAAAAUGGGUCUGAGGGGGAAAAACAUUACAGCAAUUACGCUGAUUUGAAGACUAGGAGUCCCCUCACUCGCCCACACACACUGUGGAAUAAGCAUCGCCUUGUGUAUGUGCCAGGUUGGAAAGGUUAGGGAUAUUCUUGUUAAGGACACUCUGAGCCAUUACAGAAGUGAAAGUUGCUGAGUCAUAGUUCUACUACCCAGAUCUGGAGUGUGUGCUGGAUCCAAGGCCUCGAAAUAACCACUUUUAGUUUGAGCUCCUCACUGUUCACUCAAGCAGGGUCUGGAGAUACAGCAGCUCCGUGCUCAUGUAAAAGUUGCUUAAUAGGCCAAUAUAUAUAUGAACUGACAGGGCCGUAGCAACAAAGAACGUGACCCCCUCCGAACAUAUGUCCGGGCGGGGCCCCUUACAAUGCAGAAACUGGAAUGCGGUAUUUAUUUUGCCACUUUUAGGGGCCCCCUUCCUUGCGGGGCCCCCUCCGGUUGGAGGGUAUGGAGGGCGCUCGCUACGCUUCUGUGAACUGAUGGAAAUUAAAGGUGUGUUCUGUGGGGAAAAAGAAUGGGGACAGAAAGGGACUGGUCCCACCCUACUGCUCCAGGCCCCUGCAGGUUACAGAUAAGAUGAUCAGCCUCAUGGGGGAGAGGGGGAAAUGCUUAAAUCGUUAAUGGAUCCAGCCAAUUUUCUCAGACCAGAUUAAAUUCCAGGACCCCUAACUCUCUGCCCUUUGCUUUACCUGCCAGCUGCACAGCCACCUCCCUAAUCCUUCUUCAGCAAACACCCUCUCUGGUCUCCUAUAGCAUGGCUCAGGAUUACUUCCCAUGGAAACUGCCUUUCUUCAUCCAAGGGAAUUCCCAAUCCAGCAAGAAACCAAAGCAGUUUGUUUUUAUUCAGAUACUUGUACAGAAUGUGUGUGAAUCUAAUAGGAGGUCAGAUUAGAAACCACAAAUAAAAAUGACACAUUGUCAAAAGUAACUGUGUUUAAUUUGAAAUAAAGCCACAUGGUAACCUUACAAUGCACACACCCACACAGCUCCAUACACUCCCACCAUCCCCCGCCCAGAUACAGCCUCUCCAACUUCACCUUUCCCAUCAAAAAUACACCACCAGACGCUCCUCUUCUAUUUCUCCCCCCCAAAAAAAUCCCACCUUAUCUUCCCCAGACAGACCCCCCCCCCCAAAACAGAUUUCCACACAUUCCUUCCCCUACCCCCUGGGAAAAGCACUGCCUAUAGUUUAUUUUUUAAUGUAUAAAGUGUGCGCUGUCUAACAUGACUCAGGAUGGGAGUACAAAAUCUAAUAGUCAAGUCCACUGAGCACCAUGUUCUGCACCAGGGUCUCUAAAGAUCCCAGCUGUUCUCUCUCAGCAGAAGGUGCAAUCUGGAAGGAAGGAACCAUUUCACAGUAUCUCAAUAUAGAUCAUGGAGUUUGGGCAGCUAAAGAAAAACUAUGUGGGAGAUGUUGGGUGAUUCUGCUGCUCUCUCUCCAGGUUAGAAGCAACCAUUUUGACUAGAACCCCAGGGACAAGCUUUAUCAAGCCCAAGACAGAGCUGCUCCCACAGUCAAACAAGAAAAUGCAUGAAAGACGUUUCCCAAGAGGGUUUUCACCACACUAGGGAGAAGUAGACAAAAGCCUUCCAGGGGAUUUUCCUCCUGCACAGAUUCACAGCUUGGACAGGAGCUCUAAAAGGGAGUGAGUGGCUCUAUUGGAAGGCAUCCAGUUACAUGGAGCCAGCCAGCUCAAUGGGACAGUAGUAAUAGAAAGGGACCAAAACUGUGUAGCGUGAUACUAGAUAACUAGGGAUGUUUUAUGGAAUGCAACUUUAUGGCUCAAAAUCAAAAGAAACCAAAACCAGGAAAUUCAGAUACAUUUAUUUAACAAUCUGAAUUCUAUCCCUUUCAUUUAGAAUUUGGUGCACUUUGUAUUGUCUAUGUUGUUAAAUUUAGGCAUAAAUGCAUCUAGUAGCAACUGGAGCCCUUGUAGAUUCCUGGAGUGGUUUCAAUUCCAAAUCAAAUGUCUUGAGUAUGCACAUUGCAUGUGGAAGUGCAUUUAUCUCACUUAAUUAAAAGUCGACAAAAGUAGUCAUGGUACAUAACUAUUCAAAGAAAUAUUCAAUUGGUAUUAUAUUUUUUUAACUAUAUCACCCACCAAAUAA